UGCGGCAUGGACAUUGUGGCCCAAAGGACAGUUCCUAUGCUGUACUGUUCUAGCUUUGCAGAACACAGAUAGGGCUGAUACAGUAGUUAAAUUGUUGCAAUAUUGUGAUCUGCAACAGGAGCAGCUGAAACAUGCGAGGAGAUACAGUAAUGACAUUUCCACAAGUAGAGUAUAACGGAGGGAACAUUCAACGUCCUUGAUUUAUGAAGUUUCAUUUCCUGAUGAAUAAGGACAUACUGUGACUCCAAGCAUGGAAGCCAAAGGCUCGAAGAAGUCCACCCAUCUCCUUUCCAUUUUGUAUUUUGGUUGCUUCCUGUUGGCGCUGAUGGCAGUGAUGGGGAUGGUUCUAAAUUUUCGACAGACAAAGUUUGGUAGCUAUGAAACAGAUGCAAACUUUAAGAAAUAUCCAGAUCCAAAGGUUGAACGGAAAAAAGCCGAGGUAAUAGAUCAGAAGAAGACUCUUUGGACUGACAGACUUCUACAAUGUGGCUAUCAGAAUCAUAGUUUCACCCCUGAAGAAAGGUCAGAGGGCACGCUUCUGAUGAAAAUGCUUAAAUGGCCAAAGCCUUUAGUCUCUAACGUACCUUUUGUUGAAAGCAGCAACCCAUCGCUCACUCGCUUUGUUAUUUUAAAUUCUGCAAACACCUUCAACGUCGGUGAUCAGUUACAAGUGAUGCUGCGCAUGCUUGACUUCAACGGAAAACCAAAGGAAUAUGGAGGUGACUAUCUCCAGGCACGGAUCCAUAGCCCAGAGUUAAAGGCUGGUUCAGUAGGAACAGUUGUGGAUAACCAAAAUGGAUUUUAUUACAUAAAUUUUACACUGUUCUGGCCGGGGAAAGUCCAAGUGUCUGUUUCUUUGGUUCACCCCAGUGAAGGGAUCCAAGCCCUUGAGAGAAUAAGGGAGGAAUCUCCGGAUCGAGUGUAUUUUAAAAGCAUUUUCAAGUCAGCGAGUAGCAUGGAGAACACAGUGUGCAACCUGUGUUUGCCUGAGACUGCACCACUCUGCAACUUUACUGAUCUCAGGACUGGAGAACCCUGGUUCUGUUACAAACCCAAGAAACUUCCCUGCUCUUCUCGUAUCAACCACAUCAUGGGUGGUUACAAGCAGAAGCUCUUAACUGAAGUAGAAGCUCACUAUUUUCAAAGAGUGAAAAAUAUCAAGAUUCCAAUCUUGCCUGAAGGCCAAGGUUAUGUAAUUGUUAUGUCUUCAACACGCACAGACAAAGAUCCCAGCAAAUGUCUGCCAGGCACACCAUUGCUUUCACCAUCUGGAUUUUAUUAUCAAGAUCAAUGGAACUCAAAAACCUGCAAAAUCGAACACUUUGGCACUCCAGCAAGUUUUACCAACUGUCUUCGUGGAAAAGAUAUUCAUAUUUUUGGAGAUUCCACCAUACGCCAGUGGUUUGAGUAUUUGAUAUCUUUUGUACCAGGCAUCAGAAAGUAUAAUCUGGGCAACACAGCAAAGACUGGACCCCACCUUGCUCUGGAUAUAGACAACACGAUUAAGAUGGAUUAUUUUGCACAUGGGAAACCAAUACGCAUCCAGCCCAUAUCAAAUCAGGACCUGCCAUUGAUUGCAAAUAAACUGGAUGAUAUUAAAGGGGGAAAGGACACCGUUAUAGCCUUCACCAUCUGGUGCCAUUUCAACACUUUUCCAGUGGAAACUUAUAUUCGAAGGCUGCAGAAUAUCCGGAGAUCAAUUCUACGUUUGCUCAAUAGAAGUCCCGAUACGGUGAUUGUAAUAAAGACAGCUAAUGUCCAAGCUCUUCCACGAGAGGUCAGCCUCUACAACAGUGACUGGUUCUCCUUCCAGCUUGAUACAGUAAUGAGAAGGAUGUUCAAAGGCAUCAAUGUGGCAUUUGUAGAUGCGUGGGAGAUGACCUUGGCCCAUUACCUGCUGCAUGAGUUACACCCCAAGCAAAUCAUCAUCAAGAAUCAAGUAGAUAUGUUUCUUUCAUAUGUAUGUGCAAAACGUUAGCUUGAAGUUUGUGUAAAAUGCAUCAAAAAGUCUCCUAUCAGCUGUAAAUAGUCAAAUUUGGUACUUCCCAUGCAGUUGUUAUGUUUCAUUCAAUUGUCACAAAACUUUGAAAAUAACUGUUGUAAAUAAGUUUAUUUUCAGUAAUUCAUGCUCCUGAGUCAAUUGGAAACUUUUAUUGGAUUGUAAAACCUUAAGCUGAGAGGUUAAAUGUGAUAAAGAAUUGUGGAUGCUAGUGUAUCAGAAAGACACAAAAUGUAACUCGAUGGGUUAGGCAGCAUGUCUGGAGAACAUGGAAAGAUGAUUUUUCAGGUCGGGUCUGAGGAAGGGUCCCCGCCCGAAACCGUCAACAGUCCGUGUUCUCCAGAGAUGCUGCCUGAGCUGCUGAGUUACUCCAGCAUUUUGUGUCUUCUUAAGCUGAAAAGAUUGUUCAAAAUGUCCUCUUGUUCAAAAAUUCAGGAAUUGUUCAAAAUUCCUCUUUGCUGCAAACAGUCAAACGUGAUGGCUCCAAUGAUGUUUCAUAGAACUACCACAAAAUAAAGUGAAAACAAGUGAAUAUGAUAACUGGAUGUAAAACAUUUUAUUCCAUUUAAUUCAUGUUCCUGAAUCCAUUGGGAAUGUUUAUUUGCCUGAAAAACCUCAUCAAGAAAAAUUGGUGCACGAUAUAUCAAAAUGACUUCUACUUUCUAUAAUAAGUUUAAUUUAGUGUUUCCAAUGCAGAAUCAUUAUGUUUUAUUGAAUUGCUUCUAACUAAAAUAAACUUUGAAACAACUGUU